UAAGCAGUGCCAUUCCACCACGGACAGUCAUGAAGACCUCACCAAUUUUCCUCCUGUUGUGCGUGUGGGCUGCGCACGCCUACGCUUCAACGCUUGGGUCGCAGUCCCUCCAAAGGUCUUCUGCUACUCUUCGUCUGGGAACUGCUCGCUCAUCUAGUUCACCUCUACGGCUUCAAGUGGAUGCAUUCAACCAACGCCACUCUCUCCGCCUGCAGCCAGCCCCCACUCCCUUCGCAAAGGGAUUCAGGCUGCAGAUCACAUCCAGGGAUGAACAAGGACGUGUCAUCAUCGAAGAUAUCGCCCAUGACAAAGAUGAUAACGCCAGUGACUUGUACGAAGACCGUGAGGGUGGCAGCGUUGUGCGGCUGACCGCUGCUGGGGUAGAGGGAUUCAUUUCUCCUUCCCUCGCCCUUAACACUGCUGCUGACGGGAAACACGAAGCCGUGCGUCAGAAUUAUGAGCUUGAACCAGUACAACACGUCAGUGACUACUUGCAAGUGCCUGAAGAAGUACGCAGCAAGUACUCAUCCACCACCACCAGUCGGGCCGAGACCUCCGCCACCGUUGAAAUGUACAUUGUCGUGGACAGCACCCUGACGGCCAAGCUGGGCUCCAGUACGAAUGUGAAGAACUACCUGGGGGUGUUUUGGAACGCUGUCAAUCUAAGGUUCGCCACCAUGACCGACCCUAAAAUCAAGCUGGUCCUGGCUGGCGCCCUCAUCGUCAGCGAUUCCUCUGACGAGACCUACAUCAAUGACAACAUUCUCACUCAAAAUUAUAUCAACGGCGAUAACACCCUGGAAUCGCUGAGCAAAUGGGCUUUCGAGAAGAGAGACUCUCUGCCGCCACACGACAUGGUGUACCUCAUGACUGGCAAGGACAUGGCCAGCGUGGAGGAUGGCGCGAUACAGAAGGGUCUUGCAGGCAUUGCUUGGCUUAGCGCCGCCUGCGUUGUAGCACCGAGCAACUCGAAAUCUUAUAACACAGCAAUGGGCGAAGACUCUGCUCUGUACACGGGCGUGAUGACCGCUGCCCACGAGGUGGCACACAACUUGGGUGCGCCACACGACGGGUCUGGAGACGCCGCAUCCUGCUCCUGGAACGACGGCUUCCUCAUGAGCUACAUACAAGGUAACUCCAACAAGCUGUUAUUUUCUUCGUGCUCCCAAAGUCUGAUGAAGGCGUACGUCUCAAGUAACAGUGCCGCAUGCCUGCACACCGACACGGCUACCUCGCAGAUCACCUUGUCGUCCACGCUACCCGGGGAGAAGGUGAGCAUGGACCAGCAGUGCCAGGCAGCCACUGGGCAGAGUGGCGCUUACGCCUCCACGUCUGUUUCUGAGAAUUCGCUCUGCUACCUUCUGGUGUGUCAGUGGAAACAACAAGAAGGGUAUUACAUAUACACGUAUACCCAAAGCACAGGAGAACCUGCUGCAGAAGGUUCUCCGUGCAAGAGCGGCGGAAAAUGCAAGAAUGGAUCCUGUCAGUAAGAUGCUAACCUUUGUCGUUCACAGGAGAACGACUUCUGACUGGCUGAUCUAAAUGUGGGCAAAAUGUACCUUCAUUAAGUUAGGCUGAUCAGCUGAUACAAUAAAAUAUUAAUCUAUGGCAGUAAA